AUGAUUAAAUUACUUUAAAAGUUAGAUCAAUUUGGAGUGGCAUUCUAACCCAGCAUCAAAUAUUCAACUUCUCAGUAUAAGACAUGUUGGGGAGGAAUAAUGUCCAUUUUACUAUACGGGUUGAGUUUGGCUUACUUAAUUUAUAUUAUAAUCUAAUGGAGGACAGGACAAAUGCUACCAAAAAUAACUACUUCCUCAAAAUUGGAGAACAAUGAGCAAUUUGAACUUGAUGAAAAAUUUGUAGAGGUUCAACUGAGAAAAUUUGGUUAUUCUAAGAUUGAUCCCUUUAAUCCUGAUGCCCUUAUUCUUCAACCUCUUUUCUAUGUUUUUAAGAAUGGUAUUCCCUUGAGUUAACCGAUUGUUCCAUUAUAUGAAAUUACUACCAAAGAAGAUAAAUUUCAUAUCAUAAGUUUUUCCAAUUUAUCUUUAUCAAUAAGCGAAAUAAGAAAUGAAACAUAUCCAGAGUAUGAAGUUAUGCUUACUUUUGGAACAUGUCUUGAAAGCUAUUUAUAGGAGGGCUAAAAUUGUGCAAAUGAAACAGUUAUCGAAGAAUUUAAAAAAUAAUCAACCAAUGCUCUUAUUGUAAAGUACUUUGCCAAAGAAUUUAAUACUUAAACAGAGGCUCUAGAAACUAUUGGGAGGGAAUAAAUCAUUCCUUUUCAAGCUAGUAAAGUGUAUCAGACACAGACCUAUAUUUAAAUUACGAAGACCUCUGUGGAUGUGGGAUUUUUAUUUGAAUCCACAAUUGAUUAUAAUUAUAUCAAUGAAUAUCGUGUGGUUGGUGCCACUCUGGAAUUAGAAUAUUACAAUCGAUUGUUUGGAUAUGAUGUUUAUAUGGCAUUCUUAUAUAAGAUAGACAAUGUUUAAAUCGAAGUUUCAGUUGCCUAUACAAAAAUCAGUGAAGUACUUGCAGAGGCAGGAUCAAUUGCAUCCACUCUACUGAUACUAUCUUAUGUGGUCAUUUUUUUGAACCAAACCUAAUUGGAAUUUGAAGCAAUCAAUAAUGUUAUUUAGAUAUACUACCCUCAGUUCAAAAAUGUAAAAAUUACAAAGAAUAUUUUUGGAUAGAUCAAAAAAGUGGAAAAGAAUGGAAAGUAGUUGGAUUUGUAAGCCUUUAAAAAUCAAUAUCAAAAAUUGUGCCAUAUUAGUGAAAUCAAAUUGACCAUAUCAAACUAAAUCUAUGAAAUAUCUAGAUUAUAGUUCUUGAUUUAGAAUCUCUUGCCUUCCAUAAUAAUUCAACAAAUUCACCAUUAGGGAAUACCAUUCUAAUUCCAAUACACUGACAGUAAUAAAGAGGAGUAGUUGAAUAUUAAUAAAUUGGAUUGUAGUCUCAACUAAGAUUACUAAUUCAAAUUAAAUUCUAUUGUAUUUAUUGAGUUUAUAAAUAGCUACCAAAUAAUGCUAGUCCUCAUAUCAUUAAAAGCAAUGAAGUUCAAACUAUCUCUCAAAACGAUUCCAAAUUGAUUCAGAAUACAUAAAAGUUACAAGAAAACAAUAAUCCUAUCACACAAAUACAAUAAUUUAAGGACUCAGACUUCGAACUAUUGAUUCACCCAGAAGUUGAGUCUGAUUGCAACACGUAUUUGAAUCACCGUGAUACAAAGAUUCUAUCCGAUUAGUGA